CUCCGGUUGCAUAAUCCACGUGACCGCGCGCAGCAAUUAAGGUUAAGGUUAACGUGGCUGCGUGGCUACUUGGUCCUUAUCUUAUCGGGAGCUCCCCUCAAGCGCGACGUUGCUGAGUCAAGCAUCUCUGGCCUGUCUGAGGUAGGUAUACGAAUACCCCUUGCUGGAAUUCCACCUCUCAUGAUCGUUGUGGCUUGCUUGCUGCAGCUUACAUCGCUCAACUUCACGACCGCUGCGUAGCUUCUACCGAACAUUGCCGCGCACGGCAAAGGCUCAUCAAAUGCCUGUCGACGACGAAGCGGGCAGCCCGGCAGCCAGCGGUGCAAGCUUCACCCCCGAUCAAUCCACCACCUCUGCCCCUCCGCCGCAGACCGAGUCCCGCAAGGCUCCGCCCCCCGAGAAGCCAUCCGAUGCGCGCCGGCGAUCGUUCGUCAUAUCCGCCUUCUGGGCCAUUGUGCUUCUCUUCGGUCUCCCAAUAUGGUGGAUGACAACGAGCAUCUACCGCGCCAACCUGCCUCUGAGCAGCAUGGUCCAGUGGGCUGAUGGAAAGGCUUGCCGUCCCGUGUUUCCUCUUCGUAUAUCAGUACAAGCGAACAAGUUGCAGGAACAGGAAGCGCAGAACCUCCUUCGUCUCACUCAACAUGCCCUCGACGAUCUCAACGACUUCUCGGGUCAUCAUCUCCGUCUGCAGCUUGCGCCUCGUGGUGGCGACGACGUCGUUCCUGAGGAUGACUCCCAGGUCGCCCUGACAAUUCGCCUUAGCCCUGGGGACUCCACGACAGUCUCGUUGAACCCUCACUCUCCGAUUCUCGACAUCACAUAUCCCCCGAAUUCGAUUCCGUCAGCGACUUCGUCCUCUUCUGCUCUAGCUUCGUACAUUGCGAAAGAAUUGCGAACUACGUACGCCGAAGAACAAGCUAUUAUAUCAUACCUUCUUUCAGCAGCCUCGGGAGCUUCUGAUGCGAGACCUCAGGGGAUGUCGCCAGAGGCAGCCGAGUCACUGGCGAAGCGGACCACCCGUUCUUUGCGAUAUUCACCGACGUACCACUUGAGCUUCUCGCUCUUUACCAGCGGCUCUGCCCCCAAUACCUGGGACAUCGAAGCAGCUAUCCAAACAUACAUGAAGCCUAUGCUUGAUGUGCUGAGCCCCAUUCACAACUUCACGAUAGAUACCCAGGUGCAGCUGUAUGCAACACCAGGGGCGCAGUCCCAGGUUUUGAACAAAGACGACCUUGCCUCCUUCAUCAACGCGGCCGAAUGGCCCCUUUCGCCGUCCAUCGGUGGUGCGCCGACGGUAAACUUCCUUCUCUUCGUCGGAAAUCAAACGAUUGGAUUGGAUUCGGGGUCCGAAACAUCGCAGUCCUGGCUCAUCCCGCAAUGGGGAACUGUUUAUCUUCUGUCGCUGCCUCCGACGACGUCACAUGUGCCGGCUGCUACACUCAAGCAGCCCAUGCUUACCUUUGCUGGGCACUUGUUGUCACUCCUUGGCACUCCUCAGUCAGGCUCUCUUCCUUUGCGGCUCUCGACUCUCACGCGCAUCCGAUCCGCAGACCUGUUGCUGCGUGCAUCGUCUACCCUGGGGUCCCUGGCGAGACUGUCACUUGCACUGCCGUCUAUAUCCAUUCCUCGCAACGUUGCGGACGGUGUUACCAAAACCAUGCAUCAUUUGGAGCUCGCGUGCGCUAGCCUAGGCGGGCCCGAAGGGUUGGAGCAUGCUCGGAUCGCUGAGGCCGAGGCUGAGCGAGCGUUUUUCGAGAAGAGUAUGGUCGGACAACUAUAUUUCCCCGACGAACAUAAAAUUGCCGUCUAUCUGCCGCUUUUGGGGCCGGUGGGAGUGCCCCUCGUGAUGGGCCUGUUGAAUGAAAUCAAGGCAUGGAGAAAGCGGAGACGAGAGAGAGCCGAGGCAGAAGCUAGAAAGAAGCUUUAGAACGUGAUGAGUUGACAUGACACAGCGAGUGCAUAUUGGCCUACACAAACAAAGUUACCAAAGUUUUCGCAUCCCAUCAAAUCGUGCCUGGCUCUCAAAUCUAAAUGUCUCGGGCGGUGGCAGUAAUAUCACGUCGGCUGAUAAGGUGUGAAGUUUGGAGCAAUAUAUCCAAUCCCCAUAUCAGGUUGGCGAUGACCUUGAGUUUUGUAACCAGACGUGCUUGAUUGUGGCGGAGGAAAGUCAAUUGGCAAAUAAGCAGCCUAUCUCCAUUCAUAUCGAAUGCAUUAAAGACCUGGACGAUGUGAACCUCGGUGGAUAGGUAGUCUCCGUGUUGUCUUG